AUUCUCUCUCGAUCUCUGGCUCUCUCUCUCUCGUCUUUGGUCUCUCCGCCUCCUCGCCCUCUCCUCCGCGGCUCCGCAGGCAGGCGGCGGCUGCUCGGCCGGGGAAUCACCUUGGCUACUCGGUAGCAGCUCGGCCCCAGCGGGUCGGGGGACGGCGGGCGGGCACGGGCGGCCACAGGAACCUGUUCGGCCUCAGGAGGCAGGGCGGCAGGCGGGCACGGGCGGCCGAGCGCGGGCGUGGCGCAGCAGCCGAGCCGCCGGAGCAGGCACUGCAGCACGCACGGGAAUCGAGAAGGCGAAUCGAGUUCGCCAUGGCUGCUCCUCGCGUGCCGCUUCCCCAGCUGCUGCUCCUCGUCGUCGCCGCGCUCGUCGCAGCUGCCCCCGUCCGGAGGGCGUCCGGGGCCGGGGAGUUCGACGUCCGCCGCCACCUCUCAACCGUCACCAGGUACGAUGUGGCCAGAGGGUCUAGUAGUGUCAAGUCUAUGCCACCAAUCCCAGAUGGGAGCCGUGUGAUCCACCUCAAUCUAGUGGCAAGACAUGGGACUCGUGCUCCUACCAAGAAGCGAAUCAAGGAGCUGGAUAGAUUGGCAAUAAGGCUGGAAGCUCUUAUGAAUGAGGCAAAACAAGGUCUCAACAGUGAUUCUCUGAAGAAAGUUCCAUCCUGGAUAAAGGGCUGGGAGUCACGUUGGAAGGGUAGAACUAAAGGUGGUGAGCUGACUAGUGAAGGAGAAGAAGAGCUCUACAACUUAGCCACCAGAGUGAAGGAGAGGUUUCAAGACCUAUUUGAUGAUGAAUACCACCCUGACGUAUAUUCGAUAAGAGCAACUCAGGUUUCUCGGGCAUCUGCUAGUGCAGUAGCAUUUGGUUUGGGAUUGCUUUCUGGGAAGGGAAAGCUUGGACCAGGGAAGAACCGUGCCUUUUCUGUUCUGAGCGAGAGUCGUGCAAGUGAUAUUUGUCUGAGAUUCUUUGAUAGCUGUGAAACAUACAAGGCAUACAGGAAAAGGAAGGAGCCUGAUGUCGAAAAGCAAAAGGAGCCGAUUCUAGAGCAUGUCACAGCUGCACUUGUGAAUCGUUAUCACCUCAAUUUUACAACUCAGGAUGUCUCUUCCCUCUGGUUUCUUUGUAAGCAGGAAGCAUCUUUAUUGAAUAUAACCAAUCAAGCUUGCGGGCUUUUUAAUGAAGCUGAGGUUUAUUUUCUAGAGUGGACAGAUGAUUUGGAGGGUUUUGUUCUAAAAGGCUAUGGUGAGUCAAUUAACUACCGUAUGGGACUGCCAUUGCUCAAGGACGUUGUCCAGUCAAUGGAAGAAGCAAUCAUAGCUAAAGAAGAAAACCACCCUGAUGGUACGUAUGAAAAGGCAAGGCUCCGGUUUGCACACGCAGAAACUGUUGUUCCUUUCAGCUGCCUUCUUGGUCUUUUUCUUGAAGGUUCAGAUUUUGAAAAGAUACAGCAGGAGGAAGCAUUGGACAUACCCCCUAUGCCACCACAGGGAAGAAACUGGAAGGGCAGUGUUGUAGCUCCUUUUGCUGGUAACAAUAUGCUGGUUUUAUAUCAAUGCCCAGGCAAAACUUCAGAUGCCAGCACUUCUGGGGGUCAAAAUAACUCAUACUUGGUUCAAGUUCUACACAAUGAAGUCCCAGUUUCAAUGCCAAACGGAAAUACAAGUUGAUACAAAAGUAUUACGGGGAGAAACUAGCCAGGAGCAACUAGGAGCAGAAGCAGACCAAGAGAAUGACGUUCAUUCUCGCAAAAGGAGCUUAUUACAAGUUCUGAGCACCGACAGCUGAAGAAAGUUUAGCCUACAACGAAGUUCUAACAACCGCUAAGAACAGAAGGGGCAGACAGCCAAGUUUUCUCCUGACGAAACCACGCGUCUAAGAUUCUUCCUCUGACGUCUCAUCCUCCGAAGCCUGAAGCUGAGAUGGGCCAUCCAGCAUAAGACGAGGGGGAUACUGCCUGUCACAUAUUGAAUUUUGAACUUUGUGGCUCGUUAGCAAUACUGCCCAAACAUAAUCACGAAUGUGGUGUUUUGUAGUCUUAGAAAUCAGCUAAUAGUGGUUUCCUGGGAUUUACACUAGGCACCUUCUUGCCUUAAUUAUAUGCUCCCCUUUGUUUCAUUUGUAACGUUUUGGCCUAGCCCAACUUGCUUGGAACUAAAAGGCACAGCUGUUCUUGUAGAAGUAAAUGUUUUGCAUAGAGCAAGCUUAGUAGUUAGUAGUACAUUGUAAAAUACAUCAUGCAUGCUCAAUAACGCAAAAUUCUCUGAUGCAUCA